AUGAGGAAAUUAUAUUAACCUCUCAAAGCUCCCUCAUUAUCUCCACCUUCUCAUCAAGUAUCAACUUAUUUAGAUAGACAAUAAAGAACAGGUGAUUAAUUUUAUAGAUCAUUCCCACAUUCUAGAUCUCAAUUAGAUGAAGCUAGAUCGAGAUGCAAUUUCUCAUCUUAUUAUGAAUAAGCAAGUGAAUAAAAAUAAAUUACAAAUUAAUUAAAAUCUAAUGAAUGGAAUGUGAGGAAUGAAAAUGAAAAAUACAAAAAAUAAAUUGAAAUGUUGAACGAUCAAAUAACUAAGCUAUAAAAAGACCUAUAAAUUUAUAAGAAUUAAUAAGUAGAUAAAUUUGAUAGUGAUCAUCAAAACUUAAAUAAAUUAAUGUAGGGAUACUAAAGAAAAGCUUAAGAGAGAAAAGCUAUUAUGAAAUAAUUGUACAGUAUCUUAAAGACAAAAGAUUAAGAAAUUGAAGAACUAAGUUAAAAUUUUGAAUGUUAAAUGGAUGAUAUGAAUAAUAAAAUGAUCUAAUUAAAAGAGUAAUGUGAUUCUUAAUUAUUUCAUCAAGAAGAUAAAAUAAAAUAAAUUGAAUAAGUAAUAAAUAGCAUUUUAUAUUUGAAACAAUCUAAAUUAUAAGAAUUAGAAAGUAAAGAACAAAAAAUGAGAGAUAUUCUUUAAAAGUUACUUAAGAAAUAAGAAUCUAAAGAGAAGAUAGAUGAAGUUAAAAACAUAUUAACUUUUAUUGCCAAAGAAAAAUAAAAAUAUUAAUUGAAAUUACCUGAUAAUUAAUAAUAAUAGAGCAAUUUAUAAAAAGAAUACUAAAAAAUAGUAACAAAAUAUGAAUCUGUUAUGAUGUAAAUUAAUAGACUCAAUUAACUUAUUACAGAUUAAAUUAAACCAUCAUAUACAUGUGAAGAUACUAUUUAUCAACUUUCCUAUAAUAUUAAAGAAAUUAUAAAAUAGAAUAAUAAUUUAUAAAAAGAAUCAAAACAAAAAGAAGAAGAAUAUAAUAAAUAAUUUAAUAAACUUGAAAAAUACAAAAAGUAGAUGGAACAAAAAAAUGGACAAAUUGAUUCUUUAAAAAUGGAAAUUAAAAAUAUUAAUUAAUAAAUACAAAAUUAGGAAACUAUAAACUCUUUAAAUGAUUGUAUAAAAAAAUAAUCAUAAUAGAUUGAAAUACUUUAAUAAUAAAUUAUUGAAUAAAAUAAGAUAUUAGAACAGAAUGAAUUAAUUAUUUCUAAAUAAUAAGAAAAGGAAAAUCAAUUAUUUUCUGAAAUAAAAAUGAUUAAAUGUGAAAAAGUUAAAUCUUUAUAAUAAGAUGAAGAUGAAUAGAUAAAAUAUAAGAAUACAAUUAAUGAUUUACGCUAAGAAAUUAAUGAUUUAAAUAAUUAAUUAGAGAAUAUGUAUACAGAAUAAGCUUAAUUGUAAUAAUAAUUUGAUGAAUAAGAAAUUGAACAUAAAAAAUCAUAAAUUUAAAUGACAAAUACAAUUUAAAAAUUUUAAUUAGAAAUAAAGAAAUAUUAGUAAUUAGUAGAAGAUAAUAAAAUAUAAUUUAAUUAGUAAAUCAAAUAACAAUAAUAACAACAUAAAUAAAUAUAAUAAGAAUUAAUUAACAAUUAAAAUUAAAUUUAAAAUUAAUUAAGUGAAUAUUUGUAAAUUAUAGAAAAUUUAAAAAAUAAGGAUAACUUAAAUUAAAUUCUUGAAAAUUUAAUUGAUAAUUUAAAUCUUGUUAUCAAAUAGAAACUUUUACAAAAUCUAAAAUCUAAUUCAAGUUUAGCAUCAAGUCCAAAUAGAGGAAUCUCAAAAAAUUCAUCACCUAUGAGAUAGAUAAUAAAUCAUAAUAAUAAUUAAAUUGAUCUUUAAAAAAUUCAUAUUACAUUAGAUAAUAUUUCAGAGUAAUUUUAAAAUAGACUUAAUUUAUUAAUAAAGAAAGAUGAAAAGAAUUAAGAAUUAAUUUAGCACUAUUGUCAAUAAAUUGAAGAAUCACAAUAAACAAUUUAAUAAUUAUGUGAUGAUAAUGAUUAGUAAAAAUAAUUUAUUACUUAAAUGUGUAAAAUUCUCAAUAUUGAAAAAAUUGAAGAUCUAAAAGAUAGAAAGUCAUUCUCAAAGGAAGAUUAAUCAUAUAUUGAAACUCUUAAUUAAAAUAAUGCUUAAAUAUAACAUUUAAUAAGUUAUAAUUAAGAAUUGUAGUAGGAUAUUCAGUAAUAAUAAAUUAUCAUAAAAGAUUAUGAAAUCUAAAUUGAUCAUUUAAAAAAUUAGAUUAAGUAUUUAAGUUAAGAAAAAGAAGAUUAAUGUAAAAUUACAACUUAAAUAGCAUCUCCAACAUAAUCUAGUAGAAAAGAUUCGAUUAUAAAAAUUUUAUAAAAUGAAGAAAUCUAAAAUAGAGAUUAAUAAAUCACUGAAUUAAAUGAUAAAAUGUCUAUUUUGAAUAUUGAAAUUUCAAAUCUUUAACAUUAAUUAGAGUCAUAAAUUAAAUUAGUUUAAGCAAGAAAUGAAGAGAUUCAAAAUCUUAAUUCCUAAGUAAGAGAUUUAUUAGAGAAAUAAUAAUAUUUUGAAUAAUUAAUAAAUGAAUUGAAUACAUAUCAUUAACAAUCUAAAAAUUAAUAAGAGGUUUAAAUAAUUAAAUUAGAAGGUGUCUCUUAUGAUAUUUCACAUAAUAGUUUUAAUUUUGAUGCCUUAAGAACACCUACAAAUCAACAUUAUAUUAUAGAUGAAAUUUAAUAAGAAUAAUCAAUUAAUUCAUCAUUGUCUUCAAUAGUAUAAAUGAGUCCAAACACUUAAAUCAAAUAAAUCAUUUAAUUAAAUAAAUAAUAAGAAGAAAAUAUAAUUUAGAAAAAUAAAUUAAUAUAAGAAAAAGAUGUAGAUUUGGAAAAACAAAAUGAAGAACUUUAGGAAUUAUAAUUAAUAAAAAUUAAAAAUGAAUAAGAAAUAAAUUAACUUAAAUUACAAUUAACUUAAAUGCAUGAAAAUAUUGAAAAUUUAAUAUAAGAAUAAACAUCAAUUUAACAAUAAAAUGAUGAAUAUACAAAAAAGUUGAUAUUAGAAAAAGAAUCAGUUUUUGAUUAGAUAGAAUUAUAUCAAAAUGAAAUAAAUAAGCUUAAAUCUUUAAAUGGUCAAUAAUAGAAUUAAAUAGCUGGAUUAAGAAGUCAACUUUAAAUGAAUGAGGAAGAAAAAAUAACAUUAACAGAAAAUUAAUAAAUUAUUUAAUAAUAGAAUAAAGAAAUUUAAUAACUUAAAAACAUAAUAAAUGAAAAUCAAAUUUCAAUUUCUUAUUAAGAUUAUUAGAUUUAAAAUUAACAAGAAUAGUUGAAUCAUCUAAAUUCAAAAUCUAAAAAUUUAAUUUUAAGAACUAAUUCAGCUUUAAAAGAAAUUAAAAUUAUUUAUUUUGAAUAAUUACAAUAAAUUAAAGCUAAUUUACUUCAAGAAUAAUAAGUAUUUAAAUUAGACAUAAAUUAAUUAUAAACAAAAAUUGUUGAAAUAUAACAGUAAUAUUAAACUAAAAUUGAUAAUGUUUAAGUUAAAAGUUUGCAAUUUGAAUAAUAAAUUGUUUAAUUUUAAGCAGAGAUAAACCUUUUAGAAUAAUCAAAACUAUAAAUAGAAGAGGAAUAUUUAAAAGUAGAAAAUUAAUUUUAAGAGUAAUCACAAUUUAUUGAUUAAUUAAAUGCAAAGUUGAAAUCAUAAAAAUUAUAAUUAGAAUAAAAGGAAAAAUAACUAAAAUCAAUUGAAAUUUAAUAUUAAGAGCAGAAUGAUUAAAGCGAACUAUUCAAAUAGACAAUAAGUACGUUAUAAUUGGAAAUAACUUAAUUAUAAUAAAUUUUGAAUUAAUAAUUACAAGAAAAAAAUUUAAUUCAUGAGUUGAAUUAAUAAAAUUCAGAAAAACAAUUAUUAUUAUAAUAAAAAGAGUCAUAGCUUAAAAUUCUUCAUAAUUAAUUUGAGAAUUUAUAAUAGUAAUAUGAUAAAGUAGUUUAAAAUUAAAGGGAGAAUGAAUAAAUUUUGAAUGUCUAAAUUUAGGAUUAAUAAUCAUAAUUAGAAUAUUAUGAAUCAAAAUUAAAAGAAGUAACUGAAACUUUAGAAGUAAAUAAAUAAGAAUAUUAAUCUAAAAUAAAUGUAAUUUAGUAAAUUAACUCAGAUUUAAAUGAAAAAAAUUAAAAUAAUAUUGUCCAAAUUUUAUAGUUAGAGGAAAACGAAGAGCUAUUGAAUAAAAAAAUAUAAGCAUUAGAAAGUGAAUUAGCAAAAAUAAGAAAAGAAUCUUAAGAAAAAGUAAGUCAAUUAAAUUAAAUUAAUUAAGAUUAUCAUAAAUUAUAGGAUGAUUCAAAGAAAGAACUCUAAAAAGUAUAAAAUUAACUAAAAGAUUAAAAUAAUUAAUAUGAACAAGAUAUACUUAAAUUAAAAUAAACUUUAUCAAAUAAAGAUAAUGAGAUUAUCAGAGUUAAUGAGUAACUAAAUACAUCUAAUAAGCAAAAUUAAGAUUUAUAAUCCUAAUUUACAUUUAAAAUAACAUAAUUGGAAAAAUAAAUUUUAAAUUUAGAAAAUGAAAAACUGUAACUUAUAUAGUCUAAUGAGCAACUUAAUAGAGAAUAGCAACACUAUCUCCAGCAAUAGAUUACAAAAGAAAAUCUAAGUGAAUAAAAAGAAAAUGCUAUUUAAUCAUAAGAAGCAAAAAUUUAAUAACUUGAAGAUCAAUUAAAGAAAGAGUAUGAAAAAAUAAAGCAAUUAUAGGAUUCUCAUUAAAAAUAAUUAGAAUAAUUAAUUAAUGAAAAAAAUGAAUAAAUUUAAUAAUUGAUUAGUAAUAACUAGAAUUUAACAUCAUAAUUAAAUGAGUCUAGAUAAAUUUUAAAUGAACGUCUAAAUGAUAAUGAAAAACUCUAAUGUAUUGUCAACAAUUAAUUAACUUAAAUAGUAUAAUUAGAGAAAAAAAUUACUCAAUUGGAAGAUGUAAAUUCUUAAAAAGAAAAACUUAUAAUAUUAUUAAAUGAAUCAGAAAAUAAAUGUGCAAAUCUAAAUGAAUAAAAUACUAAAUAAUAAUUAUAAAUCUAACAGUAAGAAGAUCAAAUUCAAUAAUAAUAAUAACAAUUUUUCACUUAGAAUGAGGAUCUUAAAUAAAAAUCUAAUACCAUUAUUGAUUUAGAAAAUAAAUUAUUUGAAAUUAAUAAUUUAUUAUCAUAAUAAUCAUAGGUUUUAGAAGACUCGAACCUUGAUAAAUAGUAAAAGCUUGAAUAAUACUAAAAAGAUAAUAAUCUCCUAUUUUAAUAAAUAAAGCAACUAUAAGAUAAAUUAAAUUAAUAUUAAACUGAGUUACAAGUACUAAAAAAUGAAAAUAUAAAAUUGAGAGAAGUGUCAGAAGAAAAUAUUAAUUAAACUUAAAGCAUAAAGGCUUUAUAUUAAAAUUAAUUAUUCUAAAUUUCUUAAUUGAGAAAUAAUUUAUCAGAAUUAGAAGAGAAAGAAGAAUUACAUCUAAAGAGAAAUGAGGAAAUUAAUAUAUAACUUUAAAAGGUAAUUGAAGAAAAGGAAAAAUAAAGGGUUAAUUAAGAGGCUUAAGUUAAUAGUAUUUUAAAGGAAAAAUAGUUAAUUGAGAUUUAAUUAAAUGAAGUUACUUAAACUGGAUUAAAGUAAAUUGAGUUAUAUAAAUAAGAGAUUGCUUAGCUAAAUUAAGAAAAAUAAGAAAUGUAAUUAAUGUUAGAAAAUAAUUUAGAAAUAAAAAAAUAAGUUGAAGAAGAAUUAAAUUAAAAAGUAAAUAGAAUAACAUUAGAAUAUUAAUAAGAAAUCAAUCAAUAAAAAUAAAAAUAAUAUGAUAACUAAAAGGCUAUUGAAGAUUAAUAAAAUUAACUUAUAAUUUAGGUAUAAUAAGAAAAAUAACAAUAAAAUAGUUUGAUAGCAGAGAUUAAUAAAAUUUAAAAUGAUUUAAAUAAUGAAAUAAGUAAAAAUCAAUAAUUAAUACAUGAAAACAAAAGGCUAUAAAAAUUCUUAAGUUAAUCUAAUUUAGAUAAGGAUUAAAUUCAUGAUAGAUAAUAAAUGGAAUAAGGGGAAUAAAUUAUAAAUGGUGAUGAAAAUAAAUCAGUUAGAUAAGAAAAUUCAAUAUCUGAUAGAUAACAAUGUGUAUCUGUUUUAUAUGCAAUAAGUGGAAAUGCCAGUGAAAAUUUUGAAAAUUAAAUGAAAUCUAGUUGUAAUUAAAAUUAAAAAAUUAUUGUGCUUUAAGAUAAGAUUGCAUAAUUAUAUGAUGAAAAUGACCAAUUAAAGAGAUAAUAAUUAUAGAGUUUAGAUGAUUUUAUAGAGAUAUCACCUUUAAAGGAAUCAGAUUUGAUUAAAUAAUUAAGAUAAGAAAUAGAGACAUUAAAGGCAGAUAAAGAAUAAGGAAAGGCAAAAAGUGAAUUAUAAUUAGAGAUAGUAAAUUUAGAGAAGAAAUUAAUAAAGAAAGAUGAAGAAAUUUAGAAUAUAAAAAAAGGAACUUGUGUUUAUAUAGAUAUGUGUGAGAAGGCAAUAGUUUAAGAUAGAGAUUGGAUGAUAGAUUUAAAUAGUUUAGAAGAAAAAUAAGUUAAGAGAUGGAGAAUUGUAUGUGAAAAGUUAAUAGAAUAUGAAUAAUUAUAAGGAGAGAUUAUGAAGAAUCAAAAUGAAAUUUAAGAAUUAUAAUUAUAAAUAAAAAAUAAAGAGAAUUUAAGUUUAAAAAGCAUGAUAAUGAAAUAAAGUUAAUCAUUAGAUGAUGAAGAUAUUUUUAGUAUUAGAUCUACAGUUUCAAAAUUAAGAUAGGAAUUGGAAUAAGAAAAGCUAGAGAAUUCAAAAUUAAAGUCUUGUUUAAAAUCAUAUUUAAAGGAUGAAUAGAGAUUCGAAGUUAUUAUAUAUAUAUAUAAAAUAGGAAUAAAAUUAAAGAGUUAAGGAGGAAAAUAAAUCUUUAAGAAAUAGAAUAAGUGAUCAAUAAGAGGAGAUUAAAUAAUUGAAUGAGAAAAUUUAGAAUUGUAAAGAUGGGGCAUUAGCAUCACAUAUAAUUUCUUUACUAAUUAAAUUUUUCGAAUCUUAUUAAAAAGAGUUUAUAUUAUUAUAUUAUUAAUAGGAAUAAAUAAGAUAUAAAAGUUUUUUAUCAAAGUUUAGUUAGUAUAUGUAGAAUAGAAUAUAGUGAACAGAUUAUAAAUAAAUUAUUUCAGAGUGUAGAAAAGAAAAACCAAAGUGUUUUUGGAAUAUUUAGAAGAGAUAAAUCCAAAGAUAAAUGA